ACCAACCAAUCAAUCGAUCAAAUCUUCCAUAGCCAAUUCUUUUGUCCGGAAAACACAAAGAACACAAAACCUCUUCUUUAAGUUAAUCAUCUCAACAUUUUUCUCUCCGAUGGCAACAAGAAAAUUCCACCACCACCACCAUGAUCAAAGAUCGAAGUUCCUUAAUUACUUAGGUGGCGGCGGCGGCGGUGGUGGUGGUGAUCAGAGAAUCAAUCGGGUGGAUUCCGAUGGGUUUGAGAUGAAUGAAUCCGACCUAUGGAACACCAGCGUUGACGACCAUUCACACCUGCAGCCUCAAAACACCAUCUCAAGAAGAUCAAAGUUUCCAUUGAAAGCUCAUCAACAAAGAAAAAUGCCCAUGACGUCGGCGGCGAAGUCAUUGCCGGUCAACGUACCGGACUGGUCAAAGAUUUUGAGAGAUGAGUACAAGCAUCAUGGGAGGAGAGACAAUGAUCAUGGUCAUGACGUGGGAUUUUAUGAUGAUGAUGAUGAGGAGGAGGAUGAUAAUGAGAAGUUGCCACCCCAUGAGUAUUUAGCAAGGACCAGAAUUGCUUCAUUUUCCGUUCAUGAAGGCUUUGGAAGAACAUUGAAAGGCAGAGACUUGAGUAGGGUUAGAAAUGCUAUUUGGAAGCAAACUGGUUUUGAACAAGAUUGAUGUCACACUUUCCAAUGUCGGUUCACGUAAUCAAGCUCCGAGCCAGAAGUAUUAUCUGUGUCGGUAUGUUCAGAGCAUGGUUACGUGGGCUGUAUAUGAAAACACGAAAGAAGGUGUCAUGUUUAGCGUUUACAAAAAUAAUUAAGUUAACAUUAACCAACUAUAUGUGAGUCUAACUUGAUGGACCGCGUAAAUCACAAAGUAUUUAAUUCUUCAUUUUUCAA